AUGAAGCCAAUACAUCUGACGCUCUUCGCGCUGCUGUCGCUCCUCGUGACCUGCAGGGUCCUGCCGCUGCCGCGUCCCGACGUCACCAGCAAUGUAACCUCACUCGCGCUGUUCGACGGAGGAUUUCGCAACUUCCAGCCAUCCCCGGUGCUAGUAGCAGCGAACGACCCAACUCCACAGCCAGAUCCCAGUGAGGAGCCAGUCGGCGAGCGCCCGGCUUUCUGGCACCGGUAUGUGUGUCGUGGUCGGAAGCUUCACAACGCGUGUCUCUACAACAAAGAUAAGGCUGUUCAGUAUGCGACACCCAUUGAUUCUCCAUUCGAUGCAGCCAUCGGCGUCAAUGCAGAAGACGGGAUAGUCCAUUUCUUCGACGUCAGGUCUGCCUACGAAGGCGCGAAGCGGCUCUGGGCUGUAGAGAAUGCGCCAAUGGAUGAGCUUCCUGCCUUGAGACAGAUUUCUGAUAUGGCCUGGGGCGCGUGGCGUCGGAAACAUCUCGAUGGUCAGAAUCUCGGCAAAAUCAGGAAGUUCAUGGUCCAUACCAUCAUCAACGACAUCACAAUGGACCUUAUUGACGAGGCUUUGAAGACGUACGUACUCGCACCCGGGGAGAUUCGCCUGGGAUACGUACCUUUCUAUCCGGGUGUGACCUUCGAUAUGAACAGUGAGGAGGGAGCGGCCAUGCUAGGGUCGCCGAAUGGCAUCGCAGUCGGCUACUUUCUCGCGCAACACAAGACGCAGCUCGGUGGUAACAGAUAUGUCUACAAAGUUCAGAUCUUCGAUCAAGAACACACUGACGCUACUUAUAUGGUCUUCUGGAUUGCAGACGAGCCGCUUUCUUGGGAGGGGCAGGCCCAGCAAGAAAAUCGCGUUGAAGGUGCUGGGAAAAUUCUGAAGCGCAGUCUAGACGGCAGGAACGUGUUGCGGGAGCAUAUUGUCACGACAGAGCUCAGCCUGCAAGAUAUUGCAGUACAGGCCUAA